GUUCGACAGUGAAAAUGUGUUAUUAGCAGAGCACAGAAGCAGCUGCUUGGCUCUCUUCACUCUAGCUUUCUCUCAACGAACAGUGACUGGAGACAGACAAUAUGAUGGGAUGCAAGUCGGCACCCUUAGCCUGCCGGCAGCAGCAGCUGCAGAUGGAGAGCUCCACGGCCAGCCUGGAAGGAGUAGCCCUGGCCAAGCCUGAGCCCCUGUCCACCCUGGAGAGGCUGGCCGUGGCCACGGGAGGCACGGAGAAGUCCUGGUACCGCUGCAUCUUCCCCUUCGGCAUCAUCUCGCUGGUCAUCGGGGUGUCCGGCGCGGCGGUCACCUUCUACUUCAACAACCUGCCCAUGGCCAAGGCUGUCUCGGUGGUCCUGCUGGGGGUGGGCUUCUGCCUGAUGGUCACGGCCUUCGCCUGCUGGAGGGUGCACAAGAGGAAGAAGAGGAAAAGGAAAGAAGGGGGCUCCUUCAGCUCGGAGCAGUGCGCUCUGUGAGGGGGGUUCAGCGAAAGAGGAGCGUGGGGUGGCAAGGCUUCACCAUCCACUACCCCCCUCCCGUCCACCGGGAGCCGUUUGGGGCUGGACUUGCUAUUUGCAGUAACUCUGAGGCAGUGCUGGAGGGGGCUUGGUAAUAAAACACAGACAGACUGGACUGUCCAUUAAAGGUUCGUUGACAGCAUAAUAAAUCAUUGAUACGUAUGUGCAUGAAGUUUCUAAAAAGCACACGCAGCACAGAGGAAGACGCAUAUAAAGUUCUCAAAUCAAAGCCAGCUCCUUGCCUGCUAAAGCCUUCCUCAACACUGGAGCUCUGAAUCUCUGACGCACCGCCUCAGCUGUAAAAACAAAUAAGCAUCAGGAGAUUUAAUGAGGAGACAGGGACUGCGCUCAAAUUGCGGUCCUCUGGAGAAUCUCUCUGUUUCAAGGCAUUCACUGGAACAGGGGAAGGUGCGGUCAGGGUAGAUAACAAAGCACCUUCUGGAAAGCAGUGGACUGUUAGAUCAUGCCGUAAAAACAGGUCAUGUUUAUUCACAGAACUGAAUUACUGAUGCACUCUGUAUAUUUAAAAUAAAAGGUAAAGCAGCUGAAACAACAACGGCAGGAGCCUGUCACAGGACCAUCUGCUAUUCCUUAUGCUGGUUAACUUGCCAGGUCAGAAAUGUUUUUUGAGCAAGACUGCUAACCUCCAAAACAGAAGACACUAGUGUCCCAUACUUAGGGGUUGGUGGUUUAGCUAAGGCAUGUCGGCAAGCUAGGCAGAUUUAAUGAACACACACUCUUUCCUCCCCAUGCCAGGGAGGUGGGAGAGUGGAGCCUGAAAAGUAUUGCCAGGGACUUGUUAUGACACCCUUUAGAACAAGGAGACUUUUGGAUUUCAAAUCGGAUUCUGUACAAGAAGUCUGAAAAUUCAGUUCCGCGCUUUCUUGUCCACCUUUGUCAAUGCUGUCCCAGUUAUCAGUGCAGUGCUGCUACAAUGCCAGGUGGCACACAGCGGGCAUGGGACUGGCCUGCCAACCCUUUACAGUAAGAGUCAGAGAUUGAACCCCAGGGUCUCCGAAUGGACUUCAGUGGUGGUAUCCCACUCCUGCCCUCUCUCACUAAGAGGACUAUGCCUGAUUGUGGCCACUGUGCCUUUCUGGCUCCCUGUUUGCCCUGAAGGGGUGGUCAGUCAGUGGUUUGAGUUGGGAGGCAGAUUUAUCUACUAUAUGUACAGGACAUUUGUUCAAUUUACCCAUAAAGGUACCGAAAUAGAUCAGCCCCCCCCACCCCAGCCCGCACUGUGUGACUGCGACUGAUCCACUUGAGCUGAAGCAAAGGGGGGGACCAGGGGGCUUACAGAACAAAGACUGAAUGGGGCAGAAAGACCUUUUUUGUGGCACUGUGAUGGAGACAAAUUCACAGAACUGGUUUAUCGUAGUGUGCGCUACACUGCACAGGCUUGUGGAAAUGCAAGGUUUGUCUAGUUUUUUACAGUAAUAAAUACAACAGUAUACUUUAAACCAAGAUCCCUAUUACAGUUCCCCUAUCUAAAUGAUAUUUGAAUUCCAAUUCGGAUUUUACAGUUUUUUCUUUGUAAGUCGUAACAGUAAUGCCCAAUAAACACCUGGUCCUUAAAGGGUUAACAGGAUCUGCAAAAGUGACAAUGCCUCUGGCUCACAACUUCAUAACAGUUGACUAUUGAAUCAUCACCCCUGGCUCUUACAGUAAGAUUUAAUAAUACAAUAAAAGCACUGAGUGGUGAUGAUUGUAAAUUAGCCAGCCAGUGCCCCACGCAAGCCACCUUAAAAAUACGCUUUUGUUGUUUUUGUAAGAGUAAAUGCAAUGGCACUUGCUGCAGAGAGAGAGUGGCUCUUUGUGCAUCUGUGGUAUUGUAGGUGGAAUAUAGAAGUGAUACUUUUGUUACCUAAAAUAUGGGUACCAUUUGGGUGUCGGUAACUGUGCCCUGUAUUUAAGUCAGUUUUUAUAUGUUGCUACAAUUCGAAAUUAGUCCUGCCUUCUUUUUGCCUCUCAGGGAUGCAUCUCCGGGGGAGCUGGGGGAAUUUGUUUUUGUAUUCACCCCUGGUAUAGUGUCGUCAGUGUCCCUCUUGGCAAAUGAAGUGUUAACUGCAGAAAAGAAAGAGACUAUUUGCUGCUAGUCUGCAUUCAUAAAAAACAAACCCAGGCAUUCAUUGAGAACAAAAUAAAUAUUGUGCGUGCUCUGAAAGCAGAACACUAUACAGCUGGAGAGACAGGAGGGAGGGGGACUGAAGAAAAAACAACAGACUUCGAAUGUAUGUGCAAUGUACAUGUUUGCAUUUGUGCGUGCGUGUGUGUAUUUACAUAUGCUGUAUUUAUAUAUGUUUAUAAACAUAUUUCAAGUAUUUGUAUUAAAGUUGAUUAUUCAUAUA